AUGAGCGGUGGCGGCGGGGCCGGGCGGGGCGAGCCCCGGAGACCGGGCUGGGCCGGGACCCUCCUGGGCACCGGGGAGCUGCUGCUGCUGCUGUUCGUGUGGCUGGGCCCCCUGGGCUGCAGCGGGGUGGCCGGAGACAGCGAAGUCAACGCCGAGAACUGGCUGCGUUUCUACGGCUACCUCCCCCAGCCCAGCCGCCAGAUGUCCACCAUGAGGUCAGCUCAGAUCCUGGCGUCUGCCAUCUCCGAGAUGCAGCGCUUCUAUGGGAUCACGGUCACCGGCGUGCUGGACGAGGAGACCAAAGCGUGGAUGAAGCGGCCUCGAUGUGGGGUGCCGGACCAGUUUGGGGUACGGGUAAAAGCCAACAUGAGGCGGAAACGUUACGCUCUCACCGGGAGGAAGUGGAACAGCCAUCACCUGACCUUCAGCAUCCAGAACUACACAGAGAAGCUGGGCUGGUACCACUCCUUUGAGGCGGUACGGCUGGCCUUCCGAGUGUGGGAGCAGGCCACUCCCCUGGUCUUCCAGGAGAUCCCCUAUGAGGAUAUCCGGCUACGGCGGCAGAAGGAGGCCGACAUCAUGGUGCUCUUUGCCUCUGGUUUCCACGGUGACAGCUCCCCCUUCGAUGGGGUGGGAGGCUUUCUGGCCCAUGCCUACUUCCCCGGGCCGGGCAUGGGAGGAGACACCCAUUUUGAUGCCGAUGAACCCUGGACCUUCUCCAACACAGACCUACACGGAAACAACCUCUUCCUGGUGGCUGUGCAUGAGCUGGGCCAUGCCCUGGGGCUGGAGCACUCCAACAACCCCAGUGCCAUCAUGGCACCCUUCUACCAAUGGAUGGACACGGACAACUUUCAGCUGCCUGAAGAUGACCUCCGGGGCAUCCAGCAGCUCUAUGGUACCCCAGAUGGCCAACCUCAGCCCACCAGGCCCCUUCCUACAGUGCCCCCUCGACGCCCGGGCCGGCCUGAUCACCGACCGCCCAGACCACCCCCGCCCCAGCCUCCGGGGGGGAAGCCAGACCGACCCUCCAAACCAGGGCCUCCUAGCCAGCCAAGAGCCACUGAGAGGCCAGACCAAUAUGGCCCCAACAUCUGUGACGGGAACUUUGACACCGUAGCCAUGCUGCGAGGGGAGAUGUUCGUAUUCAAGGGCCGCUGGUUCUGGAGGGUCCGGCACAACCGGGUGUUGGACAACUACCCCAUGGCCAUUGGGCACUUCUGGCGGGGACUGCCCAGUGACAUCAGUGCUGCCUACGAGCGCCAGGAUGGACGUUUUGUCUUCUUCAAAGGGGAUCAGUACUGGCUCUUCCGUGAGGCCAACCUGGAGUCCGGUUACCCCCAGCCUCUCACAAGCUAUGGGCUGGGCAUCCCCUAUGACCGCAUCGACACAGCCAUCUGGUGGGAGCCCACGGGGCACACCUUUUUCUUCCAAGAGGACAGGUAUUGGCGCUUUAAUGAGGAUACUCAGCGAGGAGACCCUGGCUACCCUAAGCCCAUCAGCGUCUGGAAAGGAGUGCCAUCUUCUCCCAAAGGGGCCUUCCUAAGCAACGAUGCAGCCUACACCUACUUCUACAAGGGCACCAAAUACUGGAAAUUUGACAACGAGCGGCUACGGAUGGAGCCUGGAUACCCCAAGUCCAUCCUCCGGGACUUCAUGGGCUGCCAAGAGGAGACAGCUGAUCCCGAUUCUGGGCGCCGCUGGCCCGACCUGCAUCGCCCACCCUUCAACCCCAACGGAGGAGGCAGGGAGGAAGAGGAGAGAGAAGAGGACAGGGGCUACCCGAGGAGGCCCGGGGAGGAGGAACAGGAGAACGAGGUGUCAGAGGAUGAAGAGGGAGACUAUGGGGAUGACGGCAAAGGCGGUGGCAACCGUGUGGUGGUGCAGAUUGACGAGUACACACGGACCAUGAAUGUGGUCAUGGUGCUGGUGCCACUGGUGUUGCUGCUUUGUAUUUUGGGUCUCAUCUAUGUCAUCAUCCAAAUGCAGAGGAAGGGAGCCCCAAGGAUGCUGCUGUACUGCAAACGCUCCUUGCAGGAGUGGGUCUGACCUCAGCCCAUCCACCUACCCACCCACUCUUCCAUCUACCCAUCCAUCUACCCA